AUUGGACGUAUGUCAAAUAACAUACCAUUAGAAAGAAUAAGUCAUUUACCACCCGUUUUUGACAACCGAUGGGCUUGCGUCUCUCACUAUUCAACCUCAUCAGAAGAGAAUCUCUCGAAACACAAUCCAUCAAACACGAGGCACUUGAAACGGAGCUGCAUAUCAGUGUUCAAUUCGAUCGAGUUGAAUUUCAUACGAUUAAUUUGCUUUUUAAAGUUGGAUAACUUUUCGAUCCGGAGCACAGUUCAUCAGAAUGCAUGCAUUGCAGAGUUGUUUAACUGUUCUUGCCUUUACUGUAUUAGUCCAGGAAUCGACUGGAGUCAUUUUUCCAUGGAUGUGGAGUUUACCGUACCCAAACCAAGACCAACAGUCAGAUGAAGCCAUUAGCCACCCAAGGAAUCUCAACUUAAAUAAAAGAAACGUAUCGUCCUCAGCAGACUUUAACUUUACUUUAGUGGCCCAGACACCUUGCAGAAGUGAUAAAGCUUGUGGACGAGGAAAAUACUGCGAUCAACAUUAUCGGAAUUGUCGAGAUCACAAGGUUGAGAACGCCCCCUGUCGACAAGAUAGUCAUUGUAGAAAGGGACUUGACUGUCGCUUUGGAAAAUGCCAGAAAACGGUCAAACCUGGAACAGUUGGUGCAAGAUGCAAGAAUUCUAAAGAUUGUGGAAACAACAUGUGCUGUGCUAAGCAACAUGGUGAAUCAAUAUGUAAACUGAAGUUAAAGUUGAAAUCGAAAUGUUUUGUACCUGAAGGUGGUGUGGAGUACACAAUUGAUAGCAUCUGUCCAUGUGAAGAUGGCCUCGUCUGCAAGAUCGCCCAUCCAUCAAGAGAGGAGGAGUUUGCUUGGCGAUUUUGGACCGAUUAUGAUCAUAUGCGAUGCCAAAGAAUUUGACUCGGUUGCCAAUAACUAAAUCCGAUUUGGACCGAAACUAACCAAUGACGUAGGCCCGCGUCUUGUGAUUUGAAACAACUCGAACGAUAUAAAAAAAAGUGGUAGCGUUAUUUUGACGACGACCCCGAAGCUACCAGAUAUAGUCUACCAGAGAAUGAGAUUAGGUACUAUGAAAAGUAGACGAAAGAUCGUUGUGAUCAAAUCUAAACUAGUCUUUCGUCCUCGAGAAAAGAAUGAAAAGUCAAAAUAGACAUGACGUCAUGUUGUACGUCAUUAGUUGUAUUAUUUUGUUUCACAAAUCUUGCUAAGCAAGGCUAAAUUAUAAAGUUAAAUAUUUUUACCAAUUAUAAAAGCAUAUUAUAUUUCGUACUUUAUAUAAUUAAACACGCUGUAAGCAAUAUUUUGUAUAUAAUUGUAUAUAAGAGACUCAAUGAUGUAAAUAUGUGAUCAUUUGAGCUAAAAAAUGAAAAAAAAAAUAGAAAUAUAUGUAUAGGCCUGCUGGGAUAUUUAUAGAUAGGCCUACAAUUGGGUAUGAAAUAUGGAUACCGUACUUAAUACCGAAUAUAGCCUAUUGAAUAUUAAGUAUCGAAUAUAUUAAACAUCGAAUAUAGUUGAUAUCGAUUGUAUUUAAAAUAUCGACAGUAUUGAUUAUAUUAAUAUCCAUAGGUCUAAUUGUGUAUGUUAUGCGGAUUAUUAUAUUGAAUAUUGAUCUAAUAUUAAAUUUCGAUUAUAUUGAAUAUCGAUUUAUUAGUAUAGGCCUAUGUCGAUUAUAUCAUUGGGUAUUGGUCUUAAAUGUAAUCAAAUUGUUGCGUGUCAUAAUAGCAUCGAUUCUAAAAC